AUGUCUGCCAAAAGCACAGCAGGCCCAGGUGGCCGCAAGCCUGCCUCAGCAGCCACCAAUCUCAUUGCUGGUGGAGGAGCCGGCAUGAUGGAGGCCCUUGCGUGCCACCCACUCGAUACAAUCAAGGUGCGAAUGCAGCUGUCAAAACGGCAACAACGAGGUGGAAAGCGACGUGGCUUCAUUAAGACUGGUGUGGAGAUCGCCCGUAAAGAAACACCUCUUGGUCUGUACAAGGGUUUGGGUGCCGUUCUCACGGGUAUCGUUCCAAAGAUGGCCAUUCGAUUCACGAGUUACGAAUGGUACAAGCAGCUUCUCGCAAACGAAGACGGUACAAUCAAGGGAAGUGGUAACUUCCUGGCUGGUCUGGCAGCAGGUGUGACAGAAGCUGUUGCUGUGGUCUGUCCGAUGGAGGUUGUGAAGAUUCGUCUGCAAGCUCAGCACCACAGUAUGGCUGAUCCGCUCGACGUGCCAAAGUACCGCAAUGCUGCUCACGCUUGCUACACUGUCAUCAAGGAAGAAGGAGUUGGCGCCCUGUACCGUGGAGUUUCCCUCACAGCCCUUCGCCAGGGCACGAACCAGGCCGCAAACUUCACGGCAUAUACAGAACUCAAGGAUAUCAUGCAGAAAAGAAGCGAUGAUCCUACCAAACCUCUACCGGGCUACACGACUGCCGCAAUCGGACUGAUCUCAGGUGCCGUUGGACCUUUCUGCAACGCCCCAAUUGACACGAUCAAGACGCGUCUCCAGCGAACACCAGCCGAGCCAGGACAGACCGCUAUGAGUCGUAUCACAACUAUCGCAUCGCAAAUGUUCAAGCAAGAAGGUGCACGAGCUUUCUGGAUGGGUAUCACACCUCGUGUCGCUCGUGUUGCGCCCGGGCAGGCUGUCACCUUUGCCGUCUACGAGUAUCUGAAGGAUAUUCUUGAAAAGGGACGUGAAAUGCUACCUGGCAACGACUACCAAGAAUGA